GGCCCAACUCCCCUUCUUCAUCACUUGUGUGCUCCACUGUUCCUUGAUCAUACUCCAAUCAAAAAGAUGGCAGAAAUCAUGAAAGUCCACGGAAGCGUCCUCUCAACAGCUGCACAACGAGUUUUUGCUUGCCUUUAUGAGAAGGAGCUUGAGUUUGAGUUAAUUCCUGUCAACAUGGCGGCAGGGGAGCACAAGAAAGAGCCAUUCCUUGCCCUCAAUCCAUUUGGUCAAGUCCCGGCUUUUGAACACGGAGAUCUUAAGCUCUUUGAAUCAAGGGCAAUCACUCAACACAUUGCCCAUGGGUAUGCAGACAAGGGGACUCCGCUUGUUCUCCCAGGCAAGCAGAUGGCAAUAUUAUCAGUGUGGAUGGAGGCUGAGGCUCACCAAUUUGACCCAGUAGCUUCAAAGCUGAACUGGGAACUAAUUUUUAAGCCAAUGUUUGGAAUUCCCACGGAUAAUGCAGCGGUGGAGGAAAACGAGGCUAAGCUCGGUAAGGUUCUCGAUAUCUACGAGUCAAGGUUGGCUCAGUCCAAGUACUUGGGAGGCGAUAUCUUCACCUUGGCUGAUUUGCACCAUAUCCCCAACAUAUCUUACGCGAUGAGGACACAGGUGAAGAAGCUAUUUGAUUCUCGACCCCAUGUUAGCGCAUGGGUAGCGGAUAUCACCUCGAGGCCAGCUUGGUCCAAGGUCGUUGCCAUGAACAAGUAAAAUUAAAGCAGCUGCUAUCCACUGAGUCACAAUAAAUGAUUGGUAGCCAUAGUGCCCCUGAAUAAGGUCUUUCUGUGUUCCUGAUGAUCUUUUUAUCUUGCUUUUUUGUUGAGACUUAAAUCCUCUAGUCGAGGACUAAUUCUCUCGUCGCUGUUGAAUUUGUAUGGCACGAUGGCUUUGUAUUUUGUCGGUGGGCUUUUCCAAUUCAGUCCUCUUUCAAGUUUUUUUUUUUUU